CACCAACGCUAUCUUUCAUGGUCAGAGGGUAGUCUCCCUGUGUUACUGAUUCCAAAUGCCUGCAAGAAACUAUCAGAAUCCAAACUCAAAAACGCUAAAAAAUUUCUUAAAGACACUCACCAGCCUAAAGUGAAAUCCAAAGCUCUCUUCACUAUCUCCUCUGAGCUGGACUUCUUCUCGUAAGGCUCAAACCACAUUGGACUCCGGACUAUACCAAUGUUCCCAUCUUUGCACUGUUUUGAUAUGAAUCCACACGUUAGAUCAAUAGAAACUUUAAUAUAUAUUGGUUCUUAAAGAGAUAUCACCUUUGCACAUUUCCUAAACUCUUCCAUAGCUUCAGCAUGAGCCAACAACAAGUUGUGACUUAAGGUGUAGACUUCAUGUCCAGAAUCACCUCCAACACAUUUCUCAUUGACGUAUUUAGAACAUCUUCCUGGUGCUUUCUCUGCAGUGUCGUAUCCACCAAGGCUCGUUUACAGUAAUCCAAUGCUUCACUCUAUGACCAUAUUCACUGAAAGCAAAUUCCCCGAAGUCAUCCCUAUCCAUAAAAUGAGUAUACAGAUCAAUGAUCAGUGCCUCGGGCAAAAUAAACCACAGACCUUCCCAUCAAUCAAAUUAAGAUUAUUGUUGAUAUCAGAAUAAUCACAUUCUUCUUGAAAUUCACAUAACGCAUAAACAAUACCGUCUUCUCCGCAAAAACUUUUUAAGAUCUCGUCAUUCUCUUCAAUAACCAUGCGAUGACUUAAACAAAUUGGUUAAGCAGACAACGAAGUUAGCCACUGUGAGUCCUUGCUCCAUGAGUUCAACUACAUUCUUGUAUUCCAUCCUCCCUCUCAUCGCAAUCAUCUUCUUUUAAGUAACCAACGUAGAGCUGUAGAAUGAUAAAGAUCAUAUGGGCUUCAUAUGGAUUGUUAAGAGUUGAUGGAGCCCAGCAGUGAGGAAAAUAUCUUUUACGUUUUAGUAUUUAUGUUAUGCUUUGGCUUGUAAACAACUUAUCGAAUUACGAUCAUCCUAAUCAAAACGGGUUCAAUCCCUAUUUCUUCCUCUCUAUCUUCUCUUCUACCUUUGCUCUUCCUCAAAAUCUUCUCCCCUUUCUGUUCUAUUCAGAUAAGCUCAAUCCUGGGCUUAUCAAAAGCUCCCAUCAGACCUCAUCGCCGAAGGUGAGCCAAAUCGGUCAGAGAGAAAUAGAGAUAGGAGCUAUUUUGCGUUGGUGUAUCUCCGAGUUGCAGAACAGAAGGUUAUAUAUAAAGCAGGCAACGUCAGCCACUUCAGUUACUGAUAAAGAGGAAGAGGAAGCUGAGUGGGUAGAAUACAAAAUCAAAGAAACCAAUAUGUUCACUGUCGACAAGUAUCAACAGUAGUCUGCAGAUUGGAUUUUUCCCCAAGGAGAGAGCCUUUUCAUUGAGGCAAGGCGUUCUCGGAGAAGAUGGCACUGGAGAAGAAUCACCAAGGUUUGGUUUAUUGCAUUCGUUAUGAAACAUAGCAUAAGCAAAUAGGCUAGAAGAGUGUUGCUGAGUUGAAGUCAUUCUGCUGGCUUGAAUCGUCGGGGUCAAGACAGAGACUCGUACGUACAUAUGACCAUGAAGGUCUUUCUGUCUCAUCAACUUAUUUUUCUGAGACCAAAGUGUGAGUUUCUUCUAUGUUAAUCACACUAUGAUCAUCUAUGUUCUUGUACUGUCUGAGACCAAAGUGUGAGUUUACUUAAGAGCCACAAGUUAAGAACC